AUGUCGCGUCAAACUUUUGGAGAGGAAAACACCCCUCGCCCUCGUCUCCUCUCAUCCUCUUCCCCCUCCUCCUCCUCCUCCUUCCCGCCCCAUUUCACCCACUUCGAACAAUGCUUAAAUGUUUCAACUCAUCCUCACAAUCACUGCAAAUUAGAGCAAGAAUAUAUCACACCACAAUGGAGAAACAUCUCUAUAUAG